AGAUAGACAAGAAUUAAUACUCAUUCAGUUUCUUCACUCAAAUUUUUCGCUAUACCUUUAGAAACUAAAUAGCGAUGCUAUCCCAUGAAGCUGAAGCCUAUAACCUGAAGGUUAUUUUCCUUCCCUUCUUAUCAACAAGUCACAUGAUCCCAAUGGUUGACAUGGCAAGACUAUUUGCUAUGCAUGGUGUGGAUAUCACCAUAAUCACCACCACAAGCAACGCUGAGAUUUUUCAAAAGUCCAUAGAUCGUGAUUUCAAUCAAGGUCUUUCUAUAAAAACACAUGUUGUUGAGUUUCCAGCCAAAGAAGUUGGCCUUCCAGUUGGAAUAGAAGCCAUGAAUGCCAAUACUUCUAUUGACAUGGCCGACAAAAUCUUCAAGGGGUUCAUAAUGCUACAACCUCAAAUAGAGAAUUACUUGUUUGGGGAGAUUGAAGUUGAUUGCAUAAUUAGUGACAUGUUUUACGUAUGGACCGUGGAUGUUGCAGCCAAGUUAGGUAUUCCAAGAAUUGUUUUUUGUCCGGCGAGUAUUUUCUCUCGUUGCACGGAGCUCUCCAUUGAACAACAUUCAAGUCACACCAAGGUGGAGUCCGAUUGUGAUAAAUUUACGAUCGUUGGGUUGCCGGAUAAGUUGGAAAUGAAUAGAUUGCAGUUACCAAAUUGGGUGAAAAAGCCAGACGUGCCUUUUGGAGAGAUGAUAAAGUCCUCCAUAACAUUAUAG